AUGGAUUUGGCGCUGUUCAGGAUCGCUCUUUUUCAAGGCCUGCGGAACGAAAGGCCCGAAGAACGUAAAGAAGCUUUGGCGAAAAUUGAAAGGAUUUUCGAGAUUUUGUUAGCAGCGAAUACACCGCCUACACCGCCUACACCGCUUACCCCACAUACCCUACAUACCCCCACAUCUUCAACAUCCUCCGUUUCGGGGGAAUUAUCAGGAACCGCUGAUGUUACUGAUAAUGAUGUUUUAAAAGCCAGAGAGGCCUUGGAUUUAUAUAUAUUAACAAUCUUGCGCAUGUCUGUUAGUUGUCCCUACGCGGAUGUUCGACACGCCUUUAAAAAGCUUCUAAAAAAGUUGAAGAGUUCGGGUGUAACCGUGCCAGAGCGUGUCUACAAUUAUCCUUCGCUGUAUAUCCCGGCAGAGGAAAUGUUCAGAUUAGAGUGGUCUGAUAGAUCUCCUGAAGCAUCCCCAGAAAGCCUUAUAGGGAUUGUACCUGAUGAGAGCGUUCAACAUCUAAUGCUGGAUUCUUUUAUCAACAGCGGUAGAAUCCAUAAUUAUUAUCAGAUUUUGUUCCAGUUUCCAAAGUUCGCGGAAAAAUAUAAAGCAGCAAACACGAAACUGAUGAAGGCGGAUCCUUGCGUUCUUCCAAAACACUACAAAUAUUAUAUCGGGAUUAUGGCCGCAUCGCAACACAAGUGUCAAUGUCUCGUUUCGCAUUUAAGAAACGAAUUUUUGUUUUUCCGUGGUGAUCCCGAAUGGCUCAAGGGUUUAGAGCAUGCUCCACCCAAAAUCAAAAAGAUCGCUAAAAUAAAUACGAUUUUGGCGCAUCAGCCGUGGCAACUAGAACCGAAAGAUAUUAGACAUCUUCGUGACUCACCUGAUAAAUGGACUUAUCAGGAGAUUAUUCAUAUUAUCAUUAUACUUAGCACUUUUCAUAGUUUAAGUAGUUAUGUGCUGAGUUGCGGCAUUGUUCCAGAGUAUGACGCGGUUGGGGGAUAUAAGGUCACCCUCCCCUCUGACAGCAACGAAGCGGGAGCCUCUAUCGGCCUAGACACCAAAGAACUUGUUUCACAAGACGUGGGUACCGGUCUGGGAAUUUCCGUCAAAGUGGUUAAACAAUUAUUCGGAACAUUGGAGGAUGGAUCACAAAUAGAUGAUUCCGUAAAGGGUGAUGAAAUUCCCGGAUCACCCAAACCAGAAGUCGAUACUGUGAAGGAUGGUGAGACUAUUGGAUCACCCAAAGAAGAUCGUCCUGUGAGAGAAGGAAGUCUUGAGGAUGAUCCCGUACAGGAUGGAGAAAAUCAGGGAGAUGAUCCUGCACAGGAUGGAUCUUGCAAAGGGGAAGAGCUACCCGAAGAUAAUGAAUUUGUGAAUUGCGACGAUGAAGCACCUGCUGGUGAGAAAGCGACACAGAAGACCGAAAAGGAGCCAGAUCCUAUCCCGGUCGAUGUUCUCACUAAAGAUUUUUCUUGUUACCUCGACUCAACUCCGUAUUCUAAUGCCGUAUUCGGCGGACAAGAUUAUAGAAACGCUUCUCAGUUAAAUAGCUUAGAUUUUAACUGGUCUGAUCACGGGACCAGUAAAAUAAAUCAAUAUCAUCCAGGUCUUGGUGAUGUCCUGGGUGAAGAAUUCGGAAAAAUUCGAGAAAUUAACAUAUCGUUUUCCCCUGAUCUAACCGAGGAUAAAUCGUCUUUUCGCGAGGCGAUUUGGCAGUACGUUUUUAGAUUAUAUGGCGUAAAAGACGAUGGAUAUGAUUACAGAAACAUCAAAAUAUUUCUCAAGGAUAAUAUUAGAUGUUUUAUAAAAAAGGCAUGCACUAAACCCGAAGACAUCACACGUGAAGAUUGGAACAGCUUGGGAUCUAAGACGAGUGCCAAGGAGAAAUGUUAUAUCAUACUUGUUUCCAUCGAGGCGCGUAAGCAAGCUGAAUUGUUGCAUGGAUUAUGGUGCGUAUGUGAAGCAGAAAAGAUGAAGUACACCCGGCAGUUAGUCGUUUAA